GUUGCCUCCCUGCCACUCCACAGUGGCUCUGGCAAGCCAGACUGGGCAUGCUCAGCAGCCGGGCAGGUUUUUUUUGGCCGCCAGUGGGUAGGCAGCUCUUGCUCUCCCGCAGCCUGCAGCAUGCAGCCGGUGCAUCCCUGAGGAGGAGGCGGCGGUGGCGGUGGCGGCGGCGCACCGAGAAGGCGAUCUGGGCACCGGCCGCUCGCAAUGUGAAUAUGCUUGGGAUGCUACAAAGAAAAGCUCUUUUGUGAGCAAAACCAAAAGCUAAUCUGUGAUUCCUGCUUAUUAACCCAAGAGCACAAGGAUCACCAAGACCUUCCUUUGCAAAUGGCUGCUGACAAGUGCAAGAAGAAACUUGAGGAGACACUGAAUGUCUUACAUGAAAAGGAGGAGGAGUUGAAAGCAGAAUACAAUGAUAUGGGAAAACAAGAGGAAUACUUUAAGAAGGAUACCGACUUUUAUAAAAAGCUAAUUAGAUGUGAAUAUAGAAAAAUGCACGGGAUCAUAUACAAUGAAGAAAAUAGAAACUUGCAAAACCUGGACCAGGGCAUAGAAGACAAACUGGCAAAAGUCGAAGUAAAUAAGGCCAAACUGUCCCCACAAAUUCAACACGAUAACGAGAAGAUAUUAGAAGUAGAGGAAAGUUUGGGUGAGUCCCCUGUAAAAAUGCUCCAGGAUAUGAAAGGCAUCCUGGAAAGGAAUGAGGAGCUGCAACUUCAAGAUACGGAGACUGUAAACCUCACUUAUACAACUUACCAGAUGACUGGUUUAAAAGAAAUUCUCCGGAGCUAUCAAACAGGUAUCACAGUGGAUCCUGCAGACAGACAGACUUCAACUUAUUAUACCUGAACAUUUUAAGAGUUUAAAGUAUAGGCUUGACCCUCACAACCAGCCUGACAACGAAGAAAGACUUGACUAUUUUGUUACUGUGUUGGGGACUGAGACCUUUACCAGUGGCCAACACUACUGGGAAGUAGAUGUGGAAGGUCAGACAGAAUGGGUACUUGGAAUCUGUGAGGAUUCAGUCAGCAAAAAUGAGAAUCUCUCCAUGUCAUCUGAAGAUGUAAAAGCCACAAUAGGCUCAAAAGUUAACAAUCAAGCACUCUUCUGGAGUUCAGAAGGUUGCUUUUAUUGGAUAGCUGCAAAUAAGUUGGGCAUUUUCCUUGACUAUGACGAGGGCAACAUUACUUUUUAUAAUGUUCAGAAAAGAAUGUUAUCUUUAGUUUCCUAAAUUCAGCUUUCCGAGGGCCCGUUCGCCCUUUCUUCUCUACUUCCCUUGUUAAUAAAGGAAGUUCCUCUUGCUCACCCAUUACCUACCCCAGCAACAGUCAGAAGACACAUGCUACUUACUCUUAGAAACUGAAUGAGAAGUAAAUAAGAUGACAACGAACAUGUCUUUCCAUUAAUUUGAACUUGUUGAAGUGAUGAUUUUCCAACCCAAUGCAAAUAAAGUCUAUUUUGUUCAUAUUUGGUACGCCUCCCUUCACAUCAGUGCCCGGUGGGCUUCACCUCACUGUCAUUUCCGAGAGUAUCAGCAAUUCUCGACCAAACCAGUCAACGCACAAAGUUAGUAUUUUCUUAAAACCAAUGGAAUUGCAUAUGCUAUACAAACACUGUAUAUUUCUAAGAUGGAAACAUUUUAUACAUGUGAGUGGGUGUUUUACCCAGGUUAUCUUCCAUGUGGAUUGCAUGUUAAACCCUUUGAGUCAUUAUUGAUCUCACCAAAGAAGUCCUGUUUGAUACCAGUGCUUAAAACAUCUAGAACAAUGCCGUUUAUUGCCUAAUUUUCUGGAGUACAAGUCAUUGGGGAAAAAUUUCAUCUACCUUUUGGACUCUACAGCGGACCUCCAUGACAAGCCUAUCUUUAGCAAGAAUAUGCCUUGAGUAUAGGCCUAUUGCCUGGAACAUGACUAUUUCCCAGAGGGCUACAGGAAAAUGAAUUGUGGGUAUAAGUUGCAACACCUAACCUAUAAGGAAUUACAAAGGAGAACAUGUCUCCAUGGAGUAGAGGACUGAAAAAAGUAGACUGGUAACUAGCAACAUCAAAAACAUGACAAGUUGAAGAAUUUUCCUAUCAUGAUGAGUGGAUCACCUCAGACUAAAAUUAUAGGAGAAUAUAGACAAGAAUCACAGAAAAUUGUCUUGCUAAAUGUGUAGUGAUCUCCAUUUUCAGAAAAGUGCUCAUGUGACUGAAACCAGAAAUGAACAAAUGUAAAUUAUUUUAGAUCCAACAAUGCCUUCUUAGACUCUCACCAGUCACUACCCUUCAGGAAAUAAAUGAAUUGUGAUGGGGUUUCAGGAAUUGCUUCUAUCUUCAAUCCAGUUUUGAAAAGCCCAUCAGGAUUAGGGAACAGUUGUGUGGAGUGCUAUGACUGGAAUCAGGAAGACCUCACUUGGAAUCUGACCUGAAAUACUAAUUGGGUGACUCUGGAAAAGUUACUUCAAUGCUAAUUGCCUUACUUGGCCCAACUGUAAAAUUGGAAAAGUAACACCUCCUUCUAAGAGUUGUUGAGAGCACCCUAUGAGCAAAUAGGUGUAAUAAUCUUAGUAGCACAGUAUGUGGCACAAAGUAAGCAAUAUAUAUCAUGCUUAUACCUUUCUCUUGCCUUCUCCAUUAGGGACUUAGAACAUUUCCCAUCUUAGAAAGUUGUUAGUGUGAGCAAAAUGUCUUCUGUAAUAAACCCAGAUAUGUUAUUCUAUUUCAUUUUUCUUGUUAGAAUAUCUGAAUACCAUUAACGGCUAUAUUAACAAAAAGUUCAUGUCAAAAUUAGUGGUUCUCUCUAUCUCCAUCACUAUUUUUUUAUAUGUACUUCAAGAAGCCUCAAAAUGGUUCCUUACUCUCUUCCUUAUCACCCUCCUGCCUUCUUUCUUCACCCCUCCUACUCUUCUCUACCUUUCUUCUUGCCACCUAACUUUCUACUUCCUCUUUCCCCUCCCUUUUCAUCUUCCCAUUCCUAUUCCCAACUGCUGCCCUUCCUACACCUGCAUCUACCCAGAAGUUACUAAGAAAGUCAAACACCCCGAAAUCUGAAUUCAGGAUCCCCCCUUCUCCUUCAAAAUAAAAACAGAAUACAAUUAGCUUUUCUCAGACAAACAGGGGUUGGAUGGGGAGGAGUAUGAGUUACCCAGCCAGAGGGGAAAUCCAGCCUCCUUUUUUUCAAGGUCAGAAAUAUGUAUUUCAACAAAGCAUUAAUGAGCCUCUGGUUAUGUUCCUCCUCUGUCCAACUUUGGAAGACAGUACCUGCAGGUGUGAACACAAAUUCCUGAUGGACAACAAAAUAGUCCUGAGUUCUUCAAAAGGAGGGAUCUAAUGGGGCACAGACACAAUUAAGUUCUAACUGUGUCAGCGAGCAGCCAGACAAAGCUAAAUGAAGAUCAUACAGGCUUUGAAAAGAAUUUUCCUAAAUCAGAGGAGAUAUUUACAAAGACAACCCGUUUGGUGACUAGAUCUUACUAAACCAGAAAAUCUCCAAGCAAGGUAAUAGGAAAGUACAAAAGAAGGAGACAUUUGAGAUUUCCGAAAGAUGUUUUUCAAAAUAAAUUUUGGAUGGGGCUGACCAUUUUUCUUGCUUCUCCAAUCCUUCUUUCCUUUCUAGAAAGAAAUGUUCAGCCUAGCCAAGAGGAACAUCAAACUGAUCUUCUAGGCACCCCAGCCCUCAAAGAGGGGUGCAAUAAAUUGGUUCUUUUAGACAUCCUGGGAACAACAUAUUUGGUCUAGGCCAGUGAAGGUGAACCCAUGGCACACAUUCCAUAAAGGGUCCACAAAGUCUUCUCCAUUUUCCUACCCUACCAGAGUUUGUUAUUAGAAAGCCAGAAGGACUUGGGGCAGAGUUCCCCCUUUCCAGGAGACUGAGGACAUUCCUCCUGUCACUUGCCCCCCUACUCAGAAGCCCAAGGGGAGGUCUUCCUCCUUCCCUCUCUGGAGUAAGGGGGAAUAGAAUGGUGGGGGGUGACAGGGCAAGGUAUUUGGUCGGAGGAGGGGAGGGGCAUGGCACUCCAUCUCUAAAAGGUUUACCAUCACUGAAAUAGAAUUGAUAUGACCUCAAGCAAGUCAUUUCUUUUUCUGGAUCUCAGUCUUCUCAUCCUUAAAUUAGAAGAGGGUACUCAUGUUUUCUAACUUUAAAUCCUAUGUGAGGUUUAUUCUCCCCGUCCAAGUUGGAUCUUGGUUAAAAGUUUAUACUAGUAAAUUGUUGAAAAUUUACUUGAAAAUUAUUGAAAAUUGAUUAUUUUUAAUAAAAACAAUAAGCACA